CUUUUCUUUUUUUUUUCCCUUCUUCUUCUAAUUCCUUGUUUUAAUGGAAUCCAAUAAAGAUGAUAUACCUUUUACAAAAUGCAAUGACGAAAAAUGCUCUACUUACUUCAAAUAUCUUGACUCUGUUAUUCACACAAAAGUUAUAGCUGCCCCAGACCCAAGGGAUCACCUUGCGAAUGAAAGAAAUCUCCUUACUUGGUUACGAACAGGAAUGACUCUUGCUCUUAUUGGUUUUAUGGCUAUGUUAGAUAUCGAUACCAAACAAUUUGCUCCGUCGAAAUCGUUUCCUUGGACAGGUGAUGCUGUGGGUAUCAAGACCAAGGUUGUAUCUUAUAUAUUUGUUUCUCUUGGACUGAUCAGUAUAGUUACGGCGACAAUUACCUAUUUUAUCAAUCAAAGGAAGAUUGUACAUCGCUUACUAGAAGUUGGACAAGGUUGGGCUGGAUAUACAAUGGCUUUCUUCAUUAUGAUAUUUGCAUGCUUCAUUAUGAUUGUAGCCAUUACAGAAGGAUAAAUAUAGGAUAAUGUUGUCUUUAUAGUGUUAUUAUAUUAUACAUGUUUAUUGUAGUCUAGCACAUUUUUUUUUUUUAGUCGUCAUGUCUGUAGUUAGGUAUACAUAUAGUUUUUAUUUUUUUUAUUUUUUUUUUUUAUUAAAUAUUU